AUGAAAAAAUCUAAAGAAGCACCAGUAAUCGUCGAAACAUCAGUUGGAAAAUUUCUUUUACGGGAAUUUCGUCCUCCUAUUCAAUUACGUACAUCACCACGAAAAGAAAAAACUAAAUUAAAAAAAGAAAUCAAAAGAUUAGAUGAAAAUUCUUCUUCAUCAUUAAAAAGUAUAAAAAAACGAAUAAAAAAACGUCAAAUUAAAAUAAAAAAACAAUUGAGUUUCAAUAAUAAUGAUGAAGACUCAGAUAAAAAUUCAAUUUUAUUUAUUAUUUCAAAUAAUGAACAAGAAAAUACUUUAAACGACGAAGAGUUAACUAAUACAAAAUGCAGUCUUUGUUUUGUUAAUUCAAAAACGCGUCGUGCUUUAAUAUUUUCUCCUCGAUCAUCUCGUUUAACUCUUCUUGGUCUUUUUUCAUUAAUGCAAAUAUCUGGCCCACCAGCAUGUCUUCAUGGUUUCAAUCUAGAACCGUUAAAAUCCUAUUUCGUAUUCAAUCUUUCAUCACAAUCAUUGAUGUCAAUUGAAAUUGCAUCAUCUUCUUCAAAAACUUCAAUGCAUGAGAAUCAAAUUCUUUCGUUUUUUAAUGAUUAUCGUAUUGAACUGCCGUUACCCGAAAUUUACAUUGAAUUUAUUCAAAGAUUAGCAAAAUUUCAUCAUGGUCUAUCAGUAUUUUUUGUUGAACAAUUUGAAACAACAUGGAUUGAAUCAAUGAAGCAGUUUAGUAAUAGUAAUCUUUCAAAUCAAUGGCUAUUUCAUAAUGAUGAUGAUAACGAUGAGGAACAAAUAGAAAAUACAGAUGGUUUUAAACAAUUAUGGCCUGGCAUGGGAGCUUUCAAGCAUAGUUAUCAUCGCUCAAUUGUGUAUCCAAUUGAAAUUCGUUCAACAACUGAUGAAAUAAUUUCUCGUCUUUUCAAUAAAGUGACUGAUGAUCCAUUAACUGUAUUUGUUUGUGGUGCAAAAGAUUCUGGCAAAUCAACAUAUCUACGUUAUUUAAUCAAUAAAUGUCUGUCUCAAACGAAUAUGAUUCCAAGAAUAGCAUUUUUAGAUUGUGAUCUAGGUCAAAGUGAAUUUACUCCAAGUGGUUCAAUAUCUUUAAUAAAUAAUCUAACAGAACCAUUAUUUGGCCCAUCAGCAUCACAUUUAAAAAAACCAUUGAAAUCAUUCUAUUUUGGCAAUAUUAAAGUAGAAAAUGAUAAAAUUCUUAAUUAUUUAAAUUAUGUUAAAUUAUCUUACGACUGCAUAAAAAAUCAGCAAUAUGAUCUAUUACUUGUUAAUACAAUGGGAUGGGGAUCAGACACGGGUCUUGUUAUAAUGAAAGAGUUAAUUGAUCUCAUUAAACCGGCUAUUUUAGUACAAUUACGUUCAUCUAGUCCACAUUUUCGUCAUAUAAUGCCUGAUAUUAGUCCUUUAUGGUCAAAAAAUGCUUCGAUUUCCAAUCUGUAUCGUCACGUUUAUGAAAUACCGUUAAAUUAUUCAUAUGAUAAAUAUGAUUAUAAUUUACUGUUAACACCAGUACGUCAACAUAGUCAUGGAAAAUCAAAUUUAACUCGUCAAGCAUGUCUCUGGUCAUAUUUUUCUCAAAUUGAAACAAAAAAAUUAAUUAUAAAGCCAUUAAUUGAUUGUAUUAAUCAUAUUGAAAUUUUAAAAUUUGAAAAAAUUGGAGUUGGACUAUUACAUCGACAAAUUGAAUCAAAAUAUUUAUUGCAAGUGUUGAAUGGAUCUAUUAUUGCUCUAUGUAGAGUUAAACAUGAUAUGUUAUAUUUUGCUUCAAAUGCAUUUCCAGCAUUAAUUGAUGAACGAGCGAAUGUUGAAUGUCUUGGAUUUGGAUUUAUUCGUUCAAUUGAUAUGACUCGCCAUGAAAUUCAUGUGAUAAUACCUGAUCGUAGUAUAUCAAAAACAAUGAUCAAUGCACUUGUGAAAGGAUAUGAUGAUUGCCCUGAUGAGUUUUAUUUUAUGUCCAUCGAUCGAUGGCGUGGUCAUAUGCCUCCCUAUGUGACUGGUAUAUUCAAUUCUAUAAAUUGA